UCGGCCGCCUCUCCGCAGGCCCCUCCGCAGGGCUCCGCCGGGAAUGGAUAUGUCCGCAGCACCAACCACUCCUCCGUCAGUGGAUAAAGUAGACGGAUUUUCUCGGAAGUCCGUCAGGAAAGCCAGACAGAAGAGGUCACAAAGCUCCUCCCAGUUUAGGUCUCAGGGCAAGCCUAUUGAAUUAACUCCUCUGCCUCUUCUAAAAGGAGCACAGUCUACUUGUGUUGGGAUCUUCUUGGAGAACUGGAGAGGAGAGAUGCUUUCCAAAUAUUUUUCAGCAAAUUUAAACAGCAAGGAGAAGUAACAGGUGUGGCUGUACAACAUUAUUGUUUGUGUUGCUGAUUUCUUUGUGCUAGUUAUUUAGUAAACAUAUAGGAAGAGAUGGUCCC